AUGGGUGGAGGGGAUGAUGGUAACCUUGUUAUCAAAAAGAGGUUUGUAUCUGAGGCAGAACUAGAUGAAUGGUGCAAGAGACAAGAACAAUGGGAGAAAGUUCAAAAACCUGAAGAUCCACAAGAAUGCCCAGAGGAGGUUUAUGACCCUCGGUCUCUAUGUGAAAGGCUGCAGGGACAGAAAGACGGGAAGAGGCAAGAGUAUGAGGAGCAGUUCAAAUUCAAAAACAUGGUCAGAGGCUUAGAUGAAGAUGAGACUAACUUCUUUGAUGAGGUUUCUCGGCAGCAGGAACUAAUAGAAAAGCAACUAAGAGAAGAAGAACUGAAAGAACUGACAGAAUGCAGAAAUAAUCUCAAGAAGUUUGGAAUUUCUUUAGAAAACAAGAAAGCAAUGGAGAAGACAGUGGCUGUGCAAUCCCUAGAAACCAAGAACAAGUUCUCCCAGGCAAAGCUGUUGGCAGGAGCUGUGAAGCCUAAGAGCUCAGAGAGUGGCAACAGUAUGAAAAGACGGAAACCGGACCCUAACCCAGAUGACAGGAAUCAAGACGCCUCGUCCUGCAAGUCUCCUGGAAACACUUCACUGAGCGGCCCCUCCAUCCUCCGCCCCUCCGCUACAGUCUGCACUGGCAUCCCGCCAGGCCUGGGCGCCUGCUCUGGGGACAGCCACUCCGAAUCCCGCCCAGACAGUGAAGGCACCAGCAAGGCCACCGGGAAGAUCCUCUCCUCCAUCUUCCAAACCAACACCUUUCUCAAGGACCCCUAG